CAAGUAGCAACAUUUCUGCGUCAAUCAAUGCGCAAAAUUAUUCAGAAAAUUAAAUGAUUUUCAUCUUUAUUAAGGUACUGUCGUGUAUCCAGAUGUUUAUUCGGUCCAUUUCAAUGGUGAAUUGUGGGGUCCAGAUGAUCCAUACCUUUUUGUACCCGAACGUCAUCAGACAAAACGUCACCCAAUGGCUUACUUACCAUUCGGAGCAGGUCCACGACAUUGCAUUGGCAUGCGCUUCGCAUUGGUCGAAAUGAAGAUUUUCUUGGUAAGACUGCUUCGUGACUAUACAAUUCUACCUGGUGAACAUCUCGAAAGUAAAUUCAACAUUGUUGACAAAACAACUGUCGCACCGGAAGAAAUCUGGGUCAAAUUAGUGAAAAGAAAUGAUUAA